CUCUGAGGUGCCCCGAGUCGCGCCUGCGCAAAAACACACUUUGCUGACGUGCAGAGAGCUAAACGGAUUUAUCUGUGAUUCCGUCUUUGAUGCCGAUUUAUUUGGAUUUAAGGACUUGACUUGUGAAGAUGAGUGUGGAAGUGGAGAGAAAAUUCUUGUGCAGUGCUGACACCUUGAAAACACUGGAGGAGAUCGGAGUUUGUGUCGGCCAGCGUGAGUUUCAGGACCAGUAUUACGACACCCCCAAGUUUGACCUGACUCUGAGAGACAUGUGGCUGCGUAAACGCAAAGGGUGCUGGGAGCUCAAGUGUCCGACAUCCUCUGUCAGUGUGACAGAAGAACUGAGCGGAGAACAGUCUCAAGCAGCAGCGCUGUGUACUCGUUACAAGGAGAUAACCAAGCUGCCAGAAAUUCACCUUAGAGUGGAAGAGGUCAUAAAAGACGCUUGUGAGCACGUAGAGAGAAAGAGCGACUCCUCACAGGAAGAUGAGUCUUGGCUCAGCAAACUGAAUCUGGUGUGCUUUGCAGAGUAUACAACAGUGCGGCGGUCAUUCACUUUAGAGGAGGAGGGGGUGCAGAUAGAUCUGGACCAAGCUGACUUUGGCUACCACGUGGGAGAGAUAGAGGUCCUCAUACCAGAGGAAGGAGAUGUACAGUCUGCACUGGAAAAGAUCACAAAAGCAGCUCAAAAGCUGGGCCUUGCUGGAGAUCAGCGGGUUGAAGGAAAAAUGAAUGUUUACCUUAAACGAUAUCACCCAGAUCACUAUGCAAUACUACUGAGUGCACACAUUUUAUAGCAGAUGAUAUUUUCUGGGUGCUAACUUUAUCUGUACAUAGUCAUAUAUGUAAUAUUAAGAUAUUAUUUAUCAUACAAGCUUAAUGUACGUUAUUGAAGACGUGGCUCUGGAUUACAUGACACACGUCAUGUCACAUUAAGUGUAAUUUGGCAACUUAUGUCUUUUUCAAAGCAAAGUUGGCAUUUUUAGAGUUGUGGUAAAGGAUUAUCUUAUCAUAUGUCAAGAGUAUCACUUGUUAAAAUUAUACCACUUUAGUUGAAGUCUAGCCAAAUAUGCACAUUUAAUGAUCUAUCAAUGUCAAAAGCGACCACAUAUGAGAGCUUAACGUAUUGUAACACAUGAAGCUUGGUUUAUUUAAGUUUGAUAAUAAACAUGAUGGAUUCAUUUCAACGAUGUCAACACAUUAAAAAUUGCAAUAGUCAAUCCUUAAUGUUAUGAAGGUUAUAACAGUGUCAUGUCAGUCUUAUGCAGACCCCUUCCAGUAAAGUGCUGAGAAGCUAAAUACAUUUUAAUUGAAGCAGAGUUGUGCCAGCAACCACAAAUAUAAACCUGAAGAACCUGUUAUCCUGACCCUCUUGAAAUAUUAAAACCUGACCUCGUUGCCCCUUGAA